GUUCGAGCAGCUGUCGUAUUAAUUAAACAAAUGAACGUAGCUGCCGGGCUUAUCGAACAUCAAAGACGAGAAAUCGUGUGUAGGAUGAAUGGUAGUCCGCUGCUAAGCCGGCUACAGUAGUAAUCCAGUGCAACUGCGAGCGGUAUCGCGCGGAGAGACAUGUCACCGGUUGAAACACUCGUCCUUCUGGCGGUCGUUCUCUCAGCGUACGCGUAUCCGCAAAACACGCUGCUGAACGAUGUGGAAACAGUCAUCAAAUCUGUAUUCAGGCUUGCCCGUGAACCGGCUAUGUUCAAUUUAUACACCAGAGAAAAUCCAUUUGGUGAAGAACAAUUGUUUCUAAACAACACCGAGGUUCUUUAUGCAUCUCACUUUAACGAAAGUCGUCCAACGAAGUUCAUUAUUCACGGAUUUAGUGACACCGGAAACGAAGCUUGGGUACGAGGUUUGAUAGAUGCGUAUCUACUUCAUGAAGAUGUAAACGUGAUAGUCGUCGGAUGGGGUGCUUUGGCAGCUGAUGUUUAUCCGAUGGCAGCGAACAAUACGCGACGAGUGGGUGAAUUUCUCGGAGAUUUCCUGGAAUUUUUAAAUCGCGAAUCGAAUCUUGAAUACAAGGAUGUUCACAUUAGUGGUCACAGUUUGGGAUCACAUGUUGCAGGAUUUGCUGGAGCUUAUCUGGACGGGCGUAUCGGCAGAAUAACAGGUUUAGAUCCAGCCAGUCCAUUAUUCGAGACAUUUCCCGGGAUUGUUGACCCAGAGUUCAGAUUAGAUCCAACUGAUGCGCAAUUUGUGGAUGUAAUUCAUACAAGCGGACCUGCAUUUGGAUUUUUGGCUCCACUUGGCCAUGCUGAUUUUUAUCCUAACAACGGAAAAUUUCCACAGCCUGGUUGUUCGUUUUUACCGACAAGAACUUACUGCAGCCAUUCGCGAGCUCAUCAGUAUAUGACAGAGAGUAUAGGAAGUACAUCUGGUUUCAAGGCAAGAACUUGUGAAAGUUGGGAAAAAUACAAAGAGGGACAUUGCGAUUACAAUCCAAUUGUUCUAAUGGGAGAAUACGCAUCCACGUCAUUACGAGGAAAAUUUUAUUUAACUACAAACGAAGCUCCUCCGUUCGCAAUAAAAUAAACGACAAUGGAUACUAAAUUUGCAACCUCUCUGUGGUAAAUGAUCGUAUAUUUGCGACAUCGAAAUAAUCUGUACUAGUCAUUUACAAGUACUUUAUUUAUGCAGCGUGCGCAGUGUUAUUUGAAUUUUAUUGUUUUUUUUUUUUUUUUUUUUUUUUUUGUU